CCUGUAGUAUCAAGGUCAAGAUCAAGAUCAACAAUAACAACACGUGUGCCGCCAGAAGUCAGCAGAUGAUCGGGCACGGGUAUUGAAGUAGCCAUGGAGGAGCAGUAUUACGACUAUUACGAAGGACAGUUUAGUGAUGCUGAUGAAGACAGCGACAGUGCCUACCAGCCAUGCCGGAAGCCGCUUGUAAGUGAACCAAAGAACGAUGAUGAGAUCUGGGAAGUGAAUGAAGAGGAAAAAGUGCAGCAAGAUGACCAGCAUGGAGAGGAGGAGGAGGAGGAUGAUUUCGACUUUAAUGAAGAUGCACAUUUUGUGGAUGAAGACAGCAAAGACCUGACAAAACAGUACAACAGAAGUAACCAACAAGGACCCAACCAUUCAUCCCUCCAAAAUAUGAAGGUUGAGAAGUUUCAGCCAUCAGAGAAAUUGUUCAAGAAGUAUGCAAAUAAGAUAUGUCUUGAGAAGUUUGAAGGCUUGCGUGGCUAUAGUGACCAUGUGACCAACAAAAUUGUAGAAACACAGAGAAGAGCUGAGAAUGAAAGACAAAGAGUAAGGGAUAAAUCAGAACGGGCAACAGUGGAGCAAGUUUUAGAUCCACGCACUCGGAUGAUUCUAUUCAAGUUUCUCAACAAAGGCACCAUUACAGAGAUUAAUGGCUGCAUUUCAACAGGGAAGGAAGCCAAUGUGUACCAUGCAUUGAAUGGUGAUGGUCAAGAGUUAGCUGUCAAAAUAUACAAGACUUCGAUCCUCACCUUCAAGGAUCGAGACAGAUAUGUUUCUGGGGACUACAGAUUCCGUCAUGGAUAUGGGAAGCACAACCCUCGCAAGAUGGUACGAACUUGGGCUGAGAAAGAAACAAGUAAUCUGUUUCGCCUGUUCAACUGUGGCUUGCCAGUGCCUCAGCCAAUGAUGCUGCGUUCCCACGUUCUAGUCAUGGAAUUCCUUGGUACAGGCUCAGUGCCUGCACAAAGAUUGAAGGAUGCUGAGAUCUCUGAGUCUAAGGCACGAGAGUUGUAUCAUGACCUGGUGGAGCACAUGUGGACCAUGUACAGAGAGUGUCGGUUGGUUCAUGCUGAUCUCAGUGAAUUCAAUCUUCUAUACCACAAAGGUCAGGCUUAUAUCAUUGAUGUAUCCCAGUCUGUUGGGCCAGAUCACCCACAUGCCUUGGAAUUCCUACGUAAGGAUUGCACCAAUAUCACAGAAUAUUUCAGGAAAAAAGGUGUUCCUACUAUGAAAGUUCAAGAGCUGUUCAACUUUAUAGUAGACCAGACCAUCACUAAGGAAAACAGAUCAGAGUACCUAGACAAAAUGAAGGAAGUAGCAUCACAGCGACCUGUGGGACAGUUGACAGACCAGGAAAAGGUGGAUGAGGAAGUGUUCAAAAAUAUCUUCAUACCCAAGACACUGGACCAGGUUAUAGAUUUUGAAAGGGAUAUGGAAGAUUUAAAGCUUGGAGAAAAAACAGAAAAUGAUAUCCCCUACUGUCGUGUCCUUGGCCUUAAGAAGGACCUCACAGGGCCAGAAAUCCAUCCAGAUUCACCAACCCAAGAUUCAUCUGGAUCUGAUGAGGAACAUAACAAAGAUGAUGAUAGUGAUAGUGUGGAGGAAGCAGGCAAGCGCACUACAUCUGGCAGACCAAAAGGUGAAUCUUUAUCUGUGAAGAAAGAACGUAAGAAGGCAGUUAAGGAAGCUCAAGCUGAAAAAAGGAAAACUAAGAUUAAGAAACAUGUAAAAAAGAGGGCUGAGAAAGAGAAAAAGAAAAGACAUUAGUUAUUAGGUAAAUUUUUAAAAUUCUUUUCAAAUAUAUACUGACAACUUGAGAAAAUUUUAAACCAGUGGUCUAAUUUUGCAAUUUUUUUUAUUUAAGAUAAAAUGUAUGUUUUCAUUUUAAUGUUUUCAUUCUUUUUCAUAUUCAUGAAAGAUGAUUUUUCUAUUUGUGUAUUUUAUACAUCAAGAACUUGAUUGUACAUGUAAAGUAUCGUCUAAGAAUUUUUUUUUAAAUUAGUAAAUGCUAAGAACAAUCAAUACAGUAAAACAUCGUCUUCAAAUCAUACUCUGACAGACCUAUAUGUUAAAAUAAAAUCAUACAUCUCCAACAGCUUUUCACACAAGUCAAGCAAAUAACAACUGAUUAAUUCAUUCUAAGACUAUAACUUGUUCAUGCCAACAUUUGCAUCAUUGCCAGUUCUCAAACUUUCCAUACAGGAUGUCAGUAACUGGUUAACUGGCUUUUGCAUAGCUAUAUACUCAGUACAUGCAACUCAUAUCUUUAGAAUAUAUGCACACAUUAUUCUUCUUUUCUAAACAAUUAUUAUUAGGUACUGUAGUAUAAAACAAUUUUUAUAUAGUCUCAGGAUAAUAAUUUGUUGGGAGCAGUCCCUACUACAGUACCUUCUCAUUAACUGUUCUUGCCCUUAUAUUCAGGUACAGUUUUUGCUAUGGGCAAUGUGGGCAACCGUCCAGGGUACAAUCAAUUUUGGGGUGCCCCCCCAAAAAAAAAAUGCCAGUUUUCUUCACUAAUACUGCUAGCUUCCAUGUCAAGUUAGAGAAAUGGUCACUGGGGCGCCCCUACUAUUACGUCAACUUACUGCUGAGUCAUGUAUACAGGUUGUGUGUCAAAAGAAAAGGCAAGAAGGAGGGGGGGGUGGGGUAUCAACUUUUGCCUGUGAGUCUCGCUUUCAGGUGGGGUUCGGAGGUGGGUUUGAGUUUGGGCUUGGGAGGGGGGCUCAGGGCAUUUGAUGGAGGGUUCACCUAGGGCAUAAAAGUAGCCAGGACCACCUCUGCUUAUAUUUGACUCUUUGGCUUCAAAAUUUAGAUUUGUUGUAUACCUUUGUGUUGAGGACAAAAUUGAUAAUGAUUAUCCACACAGGUCACCAUGGGCAAACCUGGUGGGACACUGUCAGAUGAGGGUCACUUCUAGGAAUAUGGAAAUCAUGUCUGUUUCCUUUCAUAGAACAACUUUCGGGCACAUUAUCAUUACAGAUUGCCAAGGAUGUAUCCAUAGUGUCAGAGUCUGAUGUGUUAGAGUGUGUGUGUGUGUGUGUGUGUGUGUGUGUGUGUGUGUGUGUGUGUGUGUGUGUGUGUAUUGCCAUUGUGCUGAUAGCUAUUCAUCAGGACAACUGAGACAUGCACCACUGCCAUUUUUCUCUCUCUACCAACACUCAUUGUUGUGCUUAAAUAUAUGUCCCAUCUCAUGUAUGUUCUUGGAUGAUGUACACAUACAACAACAUGAAAGAAUAGACAACAAUAGUUCCUACUUACCUGUCAUUGUACUCAUGAUGUCAGCUCAGAAAAUGUAACUGCACUGGAUGUAUCUGAGUUGAGUAAGUUGAAUACUUAUUGAUGAAUUUGAAAAUUCUUACAAUUUUGAAUGAAAAAAAUAUUGCCAUGGUUUGAAUAUGAAGUGUUAUUGUAACUAUAGAGGCUCAUGAAGAAUAAGGUUCCAGCAAAUCUACAGAUGCAGUUCUGUAGAGUAAUUAAGAUUUUAAGAUUUAAGACCACUUCAUGUAGUCCAGAUUUUUUAGAUUUAUUUUAUCGUAUGUAUACUGUAUUUAAAUUCAUAUGGAACACAGAUAUAAAAAAAUAUCCAAUGCUAGCUUUAUAUGAUAUACACAAGUGCUUAUGUAAUUCAGAGUUAUGGACGAAA